GCAGAUGUUAUAGGGGCCACAGCCAAAUGCUUAAGCAUUCCAAUGAAGACGUCAAAGAACGAGUCUCAUACUGAUCGUGUUGUCAUCGUUGCAAACUAAGUGCGCUACAAAUUACCCCCAAAAACUAAAAGGGGGAACUAGAACAAACGUAUUGCAGGAACCGAUACCUAGCCUGUAGUUUUGCAAAUAUGAGAAAUCAUAUGACUGACACUCACCGUGAGUAAUCAAACAAUUUCACAUCACACAGGGCGUCCCAAAAGAAGUCAACAAGGAAGGGGGGCAUUAUAAAUAGGCCUAGUCAUUGUCUCUCUCAGAGCAGCAGUAAGACACACGCAACAUCCUGACCAAACUAGGACAAACUAGGACACUAAAGCAAAAAGGUUUGCCGGAGAGCUGUGGGAAAAAAGGUGAUAGACAUUCAUCACUGAAAACAAACUAUGGAUGUCCACAAGCCUAAAGACAAAAACAAUGGCGUGUGGCUGAUCUUUUUCAUGCUGGGUUUAGGAACUCUCCUGCCAUGGAGCUUCUUCAUGACAGCCACCAUGUAUUUUACCAGCCGUCUCAGAGACCCCACCCAAAUAUCAACCGACAAACCCUACGACCGUAGUCCUACGGAGGCCAGUUACAAUAACGUAUCGACACUUUGUGCCAUGGUGCCUUUACUGAUCUUCACCUGUCUCAACUCAGUCCUGCAUCACAGGAUUCCUCAAAAGUUCCGGAUCAUGGGCAGCCUGGCGGUGAUUUUGGUGCUGUUUCUUAUCACGGCCAUCGCGGUGAAAAUAGACAUGGCCGCGGGCCCUUUCUUCACAUUAACCAUGAUCAAGAUUGUUAUCAUAAACUCCUUUGGAGCUAUCCUGCAGGGCAGUCUGUUUGGCAUGGCAGGCCUUCUUCCCGCCAAAUACACCACACCCAUAAUGAGUGGGCAAGGCCUGGCGGGCACGUUCGCUGCCUUCUCCAUGAUCUGUGCUAUCGCAAAUGGUGAUGGUGUGAAUGGUGAUGGUGUGAAUGGUGAUGGUGUGAAUGGUGAUGGUGAGUUCUAUCGAUAUUACAACAAGAGACAAAGUGGAAACAGGCUUAGUGACGAGGUGAACAGGCUGGACGAAAAUGCUGCAGCGACUACACCAGUUCUCAAACAAGGAGAAGAGCAACAAACCGUGUCCAUGUUGACCAUCUUCAAGAAGAUCUGGGUCCCGGCUCUCUCUGUGUGCUUUGCCUUCACCGUCACCAUCGGUGUCUACCCUGCCGUCACGGUGGAUGUCAAGUCUACCGUCGCUAAUGGAGGCGCCUGGGAGAUGUACUUCAUCCCUGUGUGCUGUUUCCUGCUCUUUAACCUGAGCGACUGGGCCGGGAGAAGCCUCACUGCUGUGUGCACGUGGCCUGGGAAGGACAGCAAACUGGUGCCCAUUUUUAUGGUAGCCCGUGUGAUCUUUGUGCCUCUCUUCAUGCUGUGCAACGUUCAGCCCCGCUACAACCUGCCUGUCGUCUUUCCACACGACGCCUGGUUCAUCGUCUUCAUGAUCCUCUUCGCCUUCUCCAGCGGAUACCUGGCCAGCCUCUGCAUGUGCUUCGGGCCCAAAUUAGUUGCUCCUCAUGAGGCAGAGACUGCUGGUGCCAUCAUGGCAUUCUUCCUGUCCCUGGGUUUGGCUCUGGGAGCAUCCUUCUCAUUCCUCUUCAGAGCCAUAGUCUAAAAUAGCCCGAUGUGGGGAGCAUGCAUAACCCAAACAUAACUAACAUAACUAACAGUUUUUCUAAAUGCUACAAUGACUGUUGUUGCAAACUGCCACGUCUCUGUUCAUUUUGAAACGUUAGGCCACACCCUCGCGUUCCUUACACUGACACUUAGUCUUUUCUUACUAGCACAGACUUUGCUGACAGCUGCUGUGACUGUGGUAUGGUUGUCUCACCUAGCUACCUGUAGAUGAAUGCACUAACUGACUGUGAUAUGUGGUUUUCUCACCUAGCUACCUGAAGAUGAAUGCACUAACUGACUGAUAUGUGGUUGUCUCACCUAGCUACCUUAAGAUGAAUGUACUAACUGACUGGAAUAUGUGGUUGUCUCACCUAACUACCUUAACAUGAAUGUUACUAACUGACUGGGAUAUGUGGUUGUCUCACCUAACUAUCUUAAGACGAAUGCACUGACUGUGAUAUGUGGUUGUCUCACCUAGCUAUCUUAAGAUGAAUGU